AUGGCUGAUCGGGAGGUUGAAGAGCUCAGCAAGCAGUUUCCCAAGUUCAAGUCGUUCGCAACUGAAGUAGAGAACUGCCUGUCGCUCUUUGAGAGGUCCAAGGAAUGGUCGGACUACGUCAGCGCGCUCUCCCGACUCAUCAAGGUCCUUCAACGACAUGAUUUCAACGACGUCGGCAAGAUGGGGAGCCUUUCAGUGAUCCCGGACAAGGCGCUGGUUGCGAGGAGGCUGGCUCAGUGUACGAACUCCAUCCUCCCCAGUGGAGUCCACAGGAAAGCCCUCGAUGCUUACCGCGUCCUCCUGACGAGGAUCGGGCCCUCGCAGCUGGCGGUAGACCUGGUGCUGUGGAGCUCAGGGCUCUUCUCUCUCUUUCCACAUGCCAACACCGAGUGCAAGAACAUCCAGCUCCGUCUCAUCGUUGACUUCUACAUCCCUCUAGGCAUGAACUUGGUCCCCUGCUUGGAGGGCCUUGUUAUGUCCCUCCUCCCCGGGAUUGAGGACGAGGCGGCCGCCUUCUACUCUGACACAGCCGCUUGCUUGGACCUCGUGAAGCACGCGACCUCUACCGAGCAUUUCUUCAAGGCUCUCUGGUGGCUGCUGGGAAGCAGCGCCAACGUGCGCCUCCCGCUCCUC